GCUCGUUUACAGUUUCUUCAGUACAGUCAAAGUGUGACACGCGGAAAAGCACAGACUAUGCUGUAGCGUUAGCUUGUCCUUUGUUAGAUUUAGCGUCUUAGGUAAAUGAGUAUUUGCCGUAAAAAUGUCUUCAAUUCAGCCCCUUAUGAACGAGCAGGUAACUCCUGCUGAAGAAACAUUCACAGAGUUUAAAGUAAUCAAAGUCAAGAUCGAGGAAGAGAUGGAGGAUCAGACAGAAAUCAACGUCAAAUCCGAGGAAGAGAUGGAGGAUCAGACAGAAAUCAACGUCAAAUCCGAGGAAGCGAUGGAGGAUCAGACAGAAAUCAUCGUCAAAUCCGAGGAAGAGAUGGAGGAUCAGACAGAAAUCAACGUUAAGAUCGAGGAAGAAAUGGACGAUCAGCGCAGACAGCUGGAUUUUACUCGGAUACCGAAGAUCAUCUUACACCGGAUAGAAACAUUCACAGAGUUGAAAGAAAUCAACGUUAAGAUCGAGGAAGAGAUGGAGGAUCAGCACAGACUGAUGGAUUUCAGCCGGAUACCGAAGAUCAUCUUACAGCGGAUAGAUCUCCCACAAUGCUGUGUGUUUAAAGAUGAGGAGGUUCUCAAUGAAACAGAACCACAGAGGAACCAACUCAUCUCUCAGAACUCUCCAGAAGCUGAGGACCAGGAUCAGGAAGGAAGCAAUUCUGAAGACCCAGGGAAAAAAAGAAAGGAAGAAAAGAAACAAAAAGAGAAAUAUGAGAAAACCAAAGAGCAGAAAGGAAGAACUGACACUGAAAAACACUCAAGGCAAAAAUUAUGUUCUUGUAAAAUUUGUGAUAAAACAUUUUCUCAAAACAGUAACUUGAUGAAACACAUGAUAAAUCACACAGGAGAAAAACACUUCUCUUGUUCAACCUGUGGGAAAAGUUACAGACAAAAGUCUGGUUUAAUUUAUCACAUGAGAAUUCACACAGGUGAGAAGCCUUUCUCUUGUGGGACGUGUGGAAAAAGUUUCACUACUAUAGGCUCUUUAAAUGUUCACAUGAGAAUUCACACAGGUGAGAAGCCUUUCUCUUGUGGGACGUGUGGAAAAAGUUUCACUACUAUAGGCGCUUUAAAUGUUCACAUGAGAAUUCACACAGGUGAGAAGCUUUUCUCUUGUGGGACCUGUGGAAAAAGUUUCACUACUAUAGGCGCUUUAAAUGUUCACAUGAGAAUUCACACAGGUGAGAAGCUUUUCUCUUGUGGGACCUGUGGAAAAAGUUUCACUACUAUAGGCGCUUUAAAUGUUCACAUGAGAAUUCACACAGGUGAGAAGCCUUUCUCUUGUGGGACCUGUGGAAAAAGUUUCACUACUAUAGGCGCUUUAAAUGUUCACAUGAGAAUUCACACAGGUGAGAAGCCUUUCUCUUGUGGGACCUGUGGAAAAAGUUUCACUACUAUUGGCGCUUUAAAUGUUCACAUGAGAAUUCACACAGGUGAGAAGCCUUUCUCUUGUGGGACGUGUGGAAAAAGUUUCUCCAAGAAGGUUAAUUUAAAUGUUCACAUGAGAAUUCACACAGGUGAGAAGCCUUUCUCUUGUGGGACCUGUGGAAAAAGUUUCACUACUAUAGGCGCUUUAAAUGUUCACAUGAGAAUUCACACAGGCCAGAAGCCUUUCUCUUGUGUUACCUGUGGUAAAGGUUUCACUCGUAUAGGUGCUUUAAAUAGACAUAUGAGAAUUCACACAGGUGAGAAGCCUUUCUCAUGUGGGACCUGUGGAAAAAGUUUCAAUAUUACAAGUAAUUUAACUCGUCAUAUGAGAAUUCACACAGGUGAGAAGCCUUUCUCAUGUGGGACCUGUGGAAAAAGUUUCAAUAUAACAAGUAAUUUAACUCGUCACAUGAGGAUUCACUCAGACUAGAAGCCUUAGGAACAAAACACCUUGGAUCCGUUUUGCCAUCAGAUCCAAAGGAAAAUCUGGUUAAAUGAUGUAAAAAGCAAGUAAAAAAUGUUAAAGUCAACAGAUUCUUGCAGGCUGCUAGUGAUUCACUGUGACUGUCUUUCACUGUCUCACCAAGAUCAACCUGAGGUCUACUUUUACCUACCAGCUUGUUUUCUUUAAUCCAGUUUGUUGUUUUUCUUCUCAGUUGUAUUUUAAAAAACCCAUGAAAAAUCCCUAAGUUGGUCAACUCACCCAAUGCCUUCUGUUGUUAAGAACGUUGGAUUAGUGAUUCUUUUCCGUUUUGUUGUCAAAUUGUUGAUUUUAUGGCUUCAAUUAAAGUGAUCUAUCUUUUUA